AUGUCUAUUCGGACAAAUCCCAUGAAAGCAGUGCCUACAUUGUUGAAACGUUUGGUGAGUGUAGACAAACAAGCAAAAUUGAAGGAUUUGAAAAGUGAGUUGACCAACAUAAAGGAUUUGUUUUCCAAGGUGAAGAAAAAUGAACAAGAACUACUUGAUAAGUUAACAAAGGUGGAUGGCUAUCUUCGCAACAACAACAUACCUAAGUUGAUGGAAGACGAGAAAAAGAUUUGCCAGGAAAUAAAGGAAUCAACUGAAAGGUUGCUGCCAGCCGAUCAAAUCCAACAACCUGAAAAAGAAAAUAAAGAAACUACUGAAUCACCAGGAAAAACAAAGCUGGAUCAAAUAGAAGAAGUGAACGCAUCACCUGAGGAGUUGAAACUGAUCGAGAAAAAUUAUGACAGCCUUGAUGAUCAUGAAAUGAGAUUCUUGAAGUCUCUGUUACAUUUACCAGAGAAUUCUGUUAUGAAGAGAAGGAAUAUAAUCCUUUGGUGGGUUGGAGUUGGUUUAGGUGAAACGAAAGCACCAAAGGAAAAUGGUGAAUAUGUGUUUGGAAAGUUUAUGGAUCUUAACUUAAUUGUACCACAUAAGUAUGACUUUGUGAAUAAAUUAUUUAAAGCUAAUCCUUUGGUCUAUGGUAUUCAUGAAUUAAGGAAGAAAGUAAAUGAUGAAGAGAAGAAGCCUUUUGGAACUUAUUCAGAAAUGGUUACCUCAUCUCAUCACAGUCAUACUCCGCCUGCAUGUUUAGCACUUAACAAACGAAAAGUUGAACUUAAUGAUGCGUUUGGUUCUAAAUCUAACGAUUUCACAGGUAUUUUUAAUACUGGUGCAAGUUAUCUUAUAUUUGGAUCCCAAAGGAUGGCCAAAAUGAAGCAUUUGCAGGUGCUUCAACUUGGUCGUUGGCUGCACGCUUCACCAGAACAUCAUAUUGAAGUGAACAGCGAAGAAUUCUUGAAGGAGUUAAGGGAUCAAGAGGCUUUGAGAUAUCUUAGCCUUCGUGUAAUAUCUAGAAUAUCUCAACUGCCAGACUCCAUUUUUCAACUUCAGAGCCUAGAGACUCUUGAUCUCAAGGCCUGUCAUAACCUAGAAACAUUACCAAGUGAUAUUGCAUUGUUGAGAAACCUCAAACAUUUGAAUCUGUCUCAAUGCUACUUGUUGGAUAGAAUGCCAAAGGGGAUUGACAAGCUGACUAAGCUUGAAGUACUAAAGGGAUUUGUGAUUGGUAAUUCUGACAAGACUCCUUGCAAAAUAUCAGAUCUUGCACAUUUGCCAAAACUAAAGCAGCUCAGCAUGCAUAUUGGAAGUGGGGCUAUGAUCCCAGAUAUAGGGUUUGAAACAUUGGAAGACUUGUCAGUGCUUGAGAAACUAAAAAUAUCAUGGGGUGUGUUUGACAUAAGGUACUCUAACAUUCAGGUUAAUUUGCCUCUAAAGUUGAAAAAGUUGCAUCUUGAAGGCUUUCCAGGACAAGACAUUCCAGAAUGGUUGAAACCUGAAAAGAUAAUCUCAAGUUUGUGUGAGCUAUAUAUUACAGGAGGAAAACUCCAGAGUAUGGAUAUCCAAGGAUAUACUCAUGUGUCUUGCUCAUUGAAGAUCAUACGUCUCAAGAACUUACAACAUUUAAAUAUUAACUGA